AUGGUAGAUCCUGAAUUUUUUACUCCGUAUAUGACAGAAGGCAACCAAAUGUACUCAAGUGGUGGCAAUAUCUCACAUAAAACGAAAAGCAAAGAAACAAUAAGACCAAAAAGCGAGCCUAAGCCAACAUUAGAUGAAAUCACUAUUUCAUUAUUUCAACAGAACAGUGAUCCACCCUAUAUGACAAAUACUCCUGAUUAUUAUUUUCCUGUAGAAUUAUUGAAAUCUAAUUGAUUUUCGAAGGCAAGUGCAAACGCAAGGUAUAAUAUGCAUCAUAUUGUCUCCCAUAAGGUGACGUUGGACUUUGAAGAUUCUCCAGCAAUUUUGAUGGGAAAAACAUAUUAUCCAAGAAUCAUUGAGACUAAUCAGCCGAUUAAUAAAACAGAUGGAGAACUAGGGUAUAAAGAGUUUAUUAGGGACUUCAGUCAAAUAAUUUGAGUAACGUAUAGGAGUGGCUUUAGACCAAUAGACACAAAUAAAAUGGCGACGACACCGACCCGUCCUCUCCCGGAACUGUGGCGAGAUUGGGGACCUUGCUGCGGCCUGAAGCCAAUCCGCCCAGGGAAAGGUCUGGAAUGGGUACUGGUAGUUUUGUGUCCGGCUAGGUUUCCCUCCCAGUCCAGCAACGACGAUCCUAGGGUCGUCCUGAUAGGACACGGGGCAAAAAGGGUUUUUCCUCUAGGGACCGCUAGUGCCAAUUUGGAGAGCAUGGCAGGAGCCGACAAGAGCUAAGGAGUUAAUCCUUAGCUCUAAUCCUAGUCUGGCGACGUGAAGCACGGUGACCCAGUUCGCCUACUUCCGGGAUAGCAUGACCAAGCCCAAGCCCCAUGACCGGAAGGAGCUGAGUGGCAGCCUGUGGCACUUAGGUGCACACUGGGAGCAGGGCAAGGAAAGCAAGCGAGGCGUCCAAAAGGCGGAAGAAAAGGACCUUCGGUCCUGGCCGGGAGCUACUCUAUAAAUUUAACUAAGACUAAGACUAAGGCUUUAGACCAAUAAAUAGACUUAAGGGCAGUGAAAAGCAACAUUUAAAAGUCCUCACUACUGAUGCUGGGUGAGGAUGCACAAUUCGUGCAGGACAAAUGAUGCUUCUAAACACUUUAAAGAGACACUUUAAUUAUGAAGAUAAUUUUUCCUUAUUAGAAACAAUCCAAGAAAACCUCAUGACAGCACCGUUUUCUGUACAUAAAAUAACAGAGCUUGGAGUAGAGUUCGAUAAACUCCCUGGAGAUUGGUACUCUCCUUCUACAAUUUGCCACACAAUUGAAAGACUAAUCAGCAAAAACCCAAUUCCCAAUUUUAAAGCCAAAGUAUUCAUGGACUCAGUCAUUUACAGAGAUCAGCUUAUAUCAGCCCUUGUAGAUAUUCCUUUUGAAACUUUUGAUUGUGAAGAAAGCAGUGAAGAAUGCAAUGAUUGUUUUGAAAAAUUCUUGGCCUAUGAUUGAGACGCAAGCAUUUUAAUUAUGCUUCCUGUUAUGCUAGGCUUAAAAACAAUUCAGCCUGAGUUUCAUUCUGCUGUUAAGUAUUUUUUAUCUAUGCCUCAGACUGUUGGAAUUGUAGGUGGAAAACCUCGCUCUGCCUUGUAUUUUGUUGGGUACCAAGAAGAAAGCUUCAUUUUUCUUGAUCCUCAUUUAGUACAGAAGGUGUGCAAGUCUAAUGAGAGUUUGAGAGAAAACCAGGCCAGUUAUAGCUGCUCUUCGCCAAAGAUAUUGCCUAUAUGUGAAGCAGAGAGCUCAAUGUCUUUAGGAUUUUAUAUAAGGAAUAAAGAAGACUAUGUUCUAUUUGAAAAACUGAUGGAGGCUGGAAAGGAUCAGAUCAAUGGGCUGAUUACAUUGAAAACGCACACUCCUGACUAUUGUAGAGAAAAUUAUCAACACCCUGCUCAAAAUGAAGGUGAUGAUUAUAUAAUUUUAUAA